GCAGUCCAUGGUUGCCGAAUUGCACGGGUGAUAGACUGCGCUAGCGUCCCGUCUUGGCCAAUGUGUGUAUGCUAGUGAUGCUGUUAAGGUCCACAUUUAUCAAAUCUUUUAGACUUUAAGCAAAUGCCAUUCAGCGCGCGGAAGAUGUGCGCACGCACAUCUGCCUUGCAGCACCUAUGACGAUAGCUUGUUGCCUAGCGAUCUAGAGGACCUGCGCAAAAAGGGUCAAUCCUUUUAAGGUACUCAAAUUGUACUCAAAACAUGUGUAAUUCUCGCUGAUUUUAACGAGUUAUUUUUGGAGGGAAGUGAGUCCUCUCGUAAGUUUAUUAACUGCUUGUGUUGUUUGAACUAGCUCACGGUGCGAUUCUCGUUUUGUUAUUAGAUUGUCCAUUUCGAUAUAAAUCAUUAUUUUAAGAAAAGCUUGAAAUGCAUAAAUCGCAGGGAAAGUCGACAGUCAAGAAGGCUGUUGCCUUCUUUAUACCCGUAGAUAAAGGCACCCGCUUGACCCGUGAUAGAAGAAACACAAAAGAAGGGCCCUGUGUAAGUAAAAUACGGUAUCGCAACUGUUCAUCAAAGGAGGUGAUUGCCGCUUCUCGCCGAGAACAUCCCUCACAGGGCCGGAGAUCAACUUAUGAAAAGAGGGAUAGAAAUAUAAGAAGUGAGAAUGGACGACUUUUAAAGGUUAAAUCUGUAGAACUUGACAUAGAGGGAGGAGCGGAUUACAAGAUUGAACGCCCCAAAGUGGACAAGAGAGUGAAAAGCGCAGAGCACUUAAGUCGCAAAGGUAAAGAAAAAGUCACAGCAGGAUGUAUCCCGAGUGUUGCAGGUGAGACGUUGAGUAAGAAGAGGGAAGCAACAGACCCGACGUAUUUCCACUAUAAGCAGUCUAGAAACACCGAGAACAGUGCGCAUAUAAUGAACAACUUGAAUACACAGCGCAUUAAAGACAUCGGCACACAAAACAAGCAAAAUAUGUCGGGGAGAGCAGCGACGGUGAAAAAGGAAAUAUCUAAGAAAACUGAGCAAGUCAGGUGGUCAUGCGGAAUAGCAGCGCAAAUGGGGAAGGACUCAAUGGGCGUCAUCAAAAACAUAAGCACCACAGGAAAUGAUUUAUCCAAGUCUAAGGCAAUGCGUUCGAAAGGUGGACCAGAUUCAAAGGCCCCGAGUAAAAAAGCAACUGUAAGGCCAUCAACUGCUGGUAGCGUCCCACGCCGUAGGCGACCUGGGGGGAAUCUCAGACACAAGCGGGACGUGGUGGGGGAGGUAGGAAGUCGUCUCGGAUCUGUUGAUGACAAAAGCGCCGUGAGGAGGGUUUCAAACUUCCGUGGAAUGACAAGCAGUUCAAGAUUAACCAAGUUUCUCGAGCACCCUUGCGAGGACACGGAAUCCGUAAUCAGUUCUUCUAGCGCAUGCUCAGUCGCACCUUGGGAGCGCCCGUACCAAGCCCCCCGUACGUGCGUGCGCAUUACGCCACUCAUACCGGAAGUAGAAAGCGAGCCUGACAUACCUUUCAGCAAGUGGGAUUUGCAGGGGACUACGUUUCCUAAACGUAUCUACAUCCGGGAAACCGUCAAUGGCGGCAUAGUGGACGAGAUUGUUGAUGUAAGAGACGAGAAGGACUGGGCUAUACUCACAUACAUGAGCCCGCUACGGCCUGCUGACCUGCGGUCUGGCCUUAAACGCAACAUUAAUUUUAAGGAUUUGAAAGACUUUGAAGUAUAUUGCUACAUGUGUCCGUGGAAACGGGACAAGAAGACAUCAUCGGCUAGCAGUAAGACAAGUAAAACCUGAACAGCUUUUAUAUCAAACUGAAACAAUGUUGCAUAGAAAUGUUUCUCAAUUAAGAUUAUAAAUUAAAUUAUAAAUAUGCUGUUUAAAAGGGUACAGCACGUACCCAAACCUUUAGCACGGCAACAAAUAAAGCCUCGGUUAACGAAGCACAUGGGAAAAUGACCUUAAAAAUAGGAGGUAUAAAGCUGGCUUUAAAUAAAAACUUAUCAAUGAAA